CGUGGUGGAGUGACUGUGGAACAAUGCGAGAAAUUGAUCAGCACGUAUGAACCAUCGGCGGAAAACCGAGAUUUGGGAUUCAUGGGUAUAGAUGGUUUUACCGCACUCUUGCUCUCGCAAGAAUGUGAUGUUUUCGAUGCAACGCAUUUGCAAGUGUGUCAAGACAUGUCACAGCCCAUCACACACUACUAUCUGGCAGCUUCACAUAAAACGUUCCUCUUAGAAGAUCAACUUACUGGCCCGUGUAGUGUGGAGGGUUAUCAACGAGCACUUUUAUCCGGGUGUCGCUACGUCGAAAUCGAAGUGUACGACGGUCACGAUGGACAUCCGGUAGUACGUCGCACUAAUUCACGACCCGGUCUUCCCGUACAAUCGGUAUUGGAAACAAUCAAUGAUUUCGGAUUCAUUCGGUCGGAAUAUCCCCUUGUAGUUUCGAUCGAGUGCUAUGCUUCACCCUCGCAACAACUUGUUCUGGCCUCCCUCGUUCGUUGCUGUUUUGGUUCCCGGCUGCUACUGCCAACAGCUGAAUUUUUGUUCACAUUGGGCGAAGCCCAGCUGGAAGUUGAAGAACGAGUGGAACGGCAUCAAUUUGAUUCGGGACGCAAAAAUAGUCUGACUACAGUAGACUUGCGUAAUGAGGCAAGUUUGUACACCACAAACGGACUGCAUGUCAGAUGGCCCUCCCCUCGGGAUUUGAUUGGCCGAAUUUUGCUCCAAGGCAAACGACUGCCCAAAGGAACCACUGGCAACGGUGCAGUGGAACUGAUGAACGGCCGCGCUGCAAACAAUCCAAGUCAAACGUGUGUCAUUACACGGGAGCUUUCUGAUUUGUACUUUUUCGACUCAUCCAAUUACGGAACGAGCAAUCCACUAGAGGAUGCCGUUGGUUCCCUGCCAACUAUUAGAUCGAUAUCUGCAUAUUCCUCAAAAUCUUCAACAAAAUCCGGUUCGGUCAAAGUUGGGUCUUCUCUGGUCGUGAUUGGAACUCAUUCGGAGGGACGAUUUCCAACAAAUAAAAUCCUGUCGUCUGUCGGGGUCUCUGUGGACCCUAGUGGAUCGCCUAAGCCAGGCCCACCUGGAUCAGGAUCACAAUCGGCUCGAGUACAUCCCUAUCAUUUUGUUUUGAUGAGUGAAAUGGAAGCAUCUCGAGCAUUGGGAUGCGAGGCUGGUGCAUUAGUACAAUUUACUCGAAACGCAAUGCUCAAGGUUUUGCCAAGUCCGUCACGAGCGGAUAGUAGCAAUCUAAAUCCACUUGAUAUUUGGGCCUGGGGUGGGCAAUGUGUUCCUUUGAACUACCAAACAGCAGGUCUGAUCAUGGAUUUGGCUACAGGGUUCUUUGCUCGCAACGGAGCAUGCGGUUAUGUGCUCAAACCACAGCUCUAUCGUCAAACCUCUUCGUUUUUCACCCCGGCCUCAAAUACCUCGCUGGCAGAAUUCGACAAACCUCCGGAUACAACACCACAGAUCUUUCGGCUUCGAAUCCUGAGCGCCCAACAGUUACCCAAACCCCGUGGUUCAGUUUCCAAGGGAGACACAAUCGAACCGUAUGUGGUGAUUGAAAUCCACGGAAUUCCGGUUGAUUGUGCGGAACAACGAACCAGCACAGCCGCGGCCGGUAGCGCUUCCGGUUACAAUGCCACAUUUGAUGACACAUUUGAAUUUUGUGUGCAUUUGGGAAGUCUGGCUUUGGUUCGCUUUGUCGUUCUCGACGAUCACGCGAUUGGUGACGAUUUUAUUGGACAAAACACGAUCCCUUUCGACUGUUUACUCCCGGGUUAUCGUCACGUCCGAUUAAGAAGCGAUACGGGAGAACCUAUUCCACUGGCCACCCUGUUUGUUCACAUCACCAUAACCGCUAAAACUCUUGAUGGAAACGAGCCCACGUCAACCGGUGUGCUUCAACGAUGGCGGUCACGAAAACGACAAGCGAUCCAACUCAAGAAAGUAGGGACAUCCAACUUUGACGAAUUAUUCAAAAGUGCGGGAACAACAUUGCACCAAGCUGCUGAAUUGCGUUCUUCUUUAAUGAUUGCUUUUGACAAUUUCCGCCGAAUUUGCGGUGAGACCUCCUCCACUAUGUCGAUGGCCCAAUGUAUUCGGUCCUUGGCCUCACGACUGACUGCGGCAUGUGGAAAUCCAGAGGCUUGGCCAAUUCGUAUGCGAAUUCGACAUGAAGACGAUCUGCCACAUCUUGAACUCCAAGCAACCAGUCCUGUGUUUGGUUCAAACCUCUCCGUGUACCCCAGUUUAUCAACUUUGGGUGACGGUGGUUCAAGAACUUCUCAAUCCGUGCGUUUUUCUCCAGCCCCAAGUGGCCUUCAGCGAUCUCCUUCACUAAUUUUGUCACCAAAAGUGCUUUUCGCCAGAAGGUUAAAACGAGAAUCUAGGUCGAUAGAUGAAGAAACAGCUUCCAGUCUGUCGAUCGAUUUAAAUCCUGAUUCACUCAGCCAAAGGGAGACAUCACCGCUGAGCACUGGCUUACCUCGGCGUCCAAGUAUCCAAUCCAGUACCAGUAGCGUGUCUUCCGUUUCCCUUGGUGGUCUCGAUAAAAUGAGGCGCACAGUCAACGAAUUCGAACUUUUGAUCGAGGCGUGCAAGAUGAUGAUCAAACAAGGUCCAUACCUACGAGUCAAGUUACAACACAUCCAAAAGACAGCACUAGAGGCGUACACAACAUUUUUGGAAGGAUUGAAGGAGCCCAAUCAGUCAGGCACUGGAAAGUCGACUGACGUAUCAGACAAAUCAAAAUCGGAAUGUGAUGGUGAUCAUCCCGGAGGAAGUUUGCGCAAGUCAACUCUACUUCGAUCUUCAAACGAUCGAGCACCACGUUUGGGCUCAUCGCGUCCGGAGGAUAGACGAGAUGACGAUAAGCAUACUUCGGGAUCGAGUGGUGGUACUUUAUAUUUGCGUCGAAUGUCAAAGGUAGCCGACAUCGUUACCUGGAACCUACGCAUUCUGACUGGUCAGGCCGAAACCUUAGCCAUAACGCUUUCUGAAUUGAACAAUUGGCUUCGGCAAGCUCGAGAAUCUGGUGCAGCAACUGGCCUUUUGGCUACUCAGUCUCAGGGUGGGGAAGAUGCAGCAGAUAAGCUGGAUUCCUCAUCCUCAAUUAGUGACUCCGCUCCCGGUUUGGCACAGUCUACAGCAGAUCUGACACAGACUACCGACUCGGUGGUCACAACCGCAACCGGUGCGAAUCAGAGCAACACUACGUCUAGUACUGUGAACAACAAAACGACCGCUGCACGACUCAGUACCAUCCGAUCCACUUCACGUGUCACUUUGAGACCCCGAUCUCGGAACUGA